AUGGCGACGCGGCUUGCGGACGAGUUUCCCGAGGUCGCGGCGCUUCCGCGCGAGGAUUUGCGCGAGCUUGCGGAGCAGCAUACACCACAACAGAUGGCGUACUUUGGAGCCGUGUUCGAUAGCUUGCCGCAGGUGCGUAGCCUGUACGAGGAACACACGCGGCUGCUUGAGCAGGUCGAAGCCGCGGCCGCCCAAAAUGCCGCGAAACGCCCGGCGCUGCUUGCAUUGCGCGACGAGACGAGCGCUGCGUACGUGCACGCGCGCGAGAUGGAGUCUGCAUGGACCGCGACCGAGCGUGCGAUGCACGAGGCAUACAAGCGUUUCACGCCUUCGGCCUUGCAGGCGCGCAUCCACCAUGCCGCGAAUGCGGUUCACGACGAGAGCGAGGCGCUCGCGAAUGCGUACGUCGAGGACCUCCCUCCUGAGGGCAGCACACACACUAUGAAUUAUGCCUUGUUUGUACGGCACUACCGAGAUCUACGCACACGCUACCACCGCCGCGCAUUGCUCCACGAUCUGUGCACGCAGCAGCGCGUGCAAUGGCCAGCAUAG